AAUCGUUGUCAUAUGAUGGUCCAUGUGGUCUUUUGUAUUCGCACUUCGGUUCGUGAGAAAACUUCUCUAUUUCAAGCAAAGACACACCGGUUUUUUGUGAGUUGCCAGUGGUGCGCGACAACAAUGAUUUCUAGAAUGCUCUCCCGGUCACUGGGCUCCCUGCGGAGUCUCAAUGCUGUUCAGACUGCUCAAUAUCAUGAGAAGGUGAUUGACCACUACGAAAACCCACGCAAUGUAGGGACGCUAGAUAAGAAAUCGAUGCGCGUUGGUACCGGUCUGGUUGGAGCUCCUGAGUGUGGAGAUGUUAUGAGACUGCAGAUUGAAGUUGACGACAAUGGGAAAAUUAUCAAUGCCAAGUUUAAGACUUUCGGAUGUGGUUCGGCGAUCGCAUCAUCCUCCCUAGCAACCGAGUGGGUUAAAGGCAAAACGCUUGAUCAGGCACUCGGCAUCAAAAAUACUGAUAUUGCAAAGGAGCUAUGCUUGCCGCCUAUCAAACUGCAUUGUUCGAUGCUUGCUGAGGACGCCCUUAAGGCAGCGCUUUCGGACUAUCGUCUCAAACAGCAAAAAGCGAACGCCGAACAGGAAACAAAGGAAGCAGCCAAAUGAAUCGCGGAUACAUUCAAUAAAGUAGUGGGCAACAAUAUCGACAAAAUUUACAAAGAAAGCUAUAUAUAUAACAAUCACAGACAACGAAAAUGUCAACUUUAAGUGAGCCUUUUGAAACUGAUAAGAAACAAGGGAAGAGAGCAGAUUGCAAAAAAAUUGUGCUGCGAGAUAUUCUGUCACCAAGGAAUGUUCUGUCCAAGAAAAACCUAUAGUUUUCCGUCAGUAAAAAUGUGAAGUUGCACAACAUCGUGGUUAAAGCUAGCCUUUGAUUUUUUUUCUAAAUGUAAGAGCGUAGAUAUUAACAGCGAUUACUGUCCCAAUUACUUCGGCCUGUUAAUGUAGACUAGCGGGAACAGUUGUUUUGCCGUAAUAUAAUCAUAUCGGUUGUUAUGCUAACGUAACAAAAAAUGUUCUUUGAAUACUAUAGAAUACUAAAUACCAUUUUGAAAGGCGAUGAUUUUGUUGGUAAAGAUGCGAUGUGGUGUCUAGUGACGUUCACUUAGGCAGUGUAGUGUUACUAAAUAUAUUUAAGGGUCCUAAGAUAUGAAGUUUUUUUCUGGUUCGGCAAUUAGUGAUCUAGAUUGGAGUUCAUCUACUCUACAUAAGUUUACAAUACCCGGACGUACUAAGCGAUUUGAAUUUGAUGUCUAGUAUUUUACGAGUAUUAUAGCAUUGGACACAAGGUCACGUAGAGUAGUAUUUUACGAGUAUUAUAGCAUUGGACACAAGGUCACGUAGAGAUUUUACCUUUAAUGUAAGGUAAAAUCUCUACAUUACAAUACAAAAAAGUUCUGUCAGAUCUAUAGUAUAUUAACGUCUUGUUUAACAACCGAAGCUGCAGAAUAAACGAAAAGCUUCUUAGAUAUA